CACGCAGCCACUGUUGACACCGGUGUGGCUCUCACAGAGUGACUGCAGACUCUUCGGGAGACUUUAAAAAGGAGAAUCGGGUGUGGAGGAGGUCCAGGGAUCAACAUGUCUCCUCCUCGUCUCACGGGCGCGCUGAGGUCCUUCUCCAACGUCAGUAAGAAGGAGGACCUCGCUGAGCAGGUCUACGACCUGAAGGCCAAGCGUCUGAAGAGGCAGGAGCUGUUUGCCAGAGAGGGCCUGACGUGGCAGAAGAUUGUCCAUUUCUGCUCCGAGCAUCAGGACAAAGUGAAGCAGCACGCCGCCAGUCAGGAACUGAAGAGCCUCCUCGUGGCAGCCAAACAGAUUGUCGGUGAUGAACACGGGCAGGAGGCCAUUGAAAGUGCGGGCGUCUUCCUGUUCGAGACCUUCCACAACCGAGACCACGUGGGCACCGAGGAGACCCGGGCCAUCAAGCAGAUGUUCGGCCCCUUCCCCUCGUCUGCGGCCGAAGCCUCCUGCGCCUGCGUGGCCCGGCUGGUGGCUCAGGUCGGAGACUCUCGAGUGGAAGAGCUGAUCCAGACGCAGAAGUCCCGUCACGACCCCCAGCGGACUUCCUCUUUCGGACGCAACAUCGACUUCUCCUAUGAGGGCUACACGCUGCACCCACUGGAGACCUUGUCCGAGUCCAGCGUCCCGGACAAAGACCUGGACUUCAUCAACUUCCUGAACACUCAGCAGAGCGGGCGGAAGGGAGGCGAUGGGGGCGGCGCCGCCGGAGCGGGCGGAGCUCUGAGCUCCGGGGACGGAGCCAUUCUCCGAACAGAAGUAGAGAAGUACCUGAGUGGAGGCAACAUGAUUUCAUCCAACCCAGAGGAGCUGUGCACGUCCCUGUUCGAGAUGCUGGCCUCACAGCGGAGCGACGACGAGCUGCAGAAUGAGCUGUUCGAGCUGCUGGGCCCAGAGGGGCUGGAAAUGAUCUCCACCCUCCUCCAGCGAAGGGGGGCCAUCGUGGACUCCCUGCUCUCCGUCCCACCCGACAGGUACCCAGCAGAGGUCGGCUGGAAAGUCAGCGGCGAAGUGACCAAACCCGCCUACGGCUGCCAGGUGACCAUCCAGUCGGAGCAGGAGAAGCAGAUGAUGAAGAUGUACCGGAGGGAGGAGAAGAAAGAGAGGAAGAGAGGCAAAGGGGUCGACGAGGCCGACUCCUCAGAUGCCGUCCUGACCUUCGACCCCAGAGAGAUGAGAGCGCAGCGGGAGCAGGCCCUGCUCACCGCGCGGCGGGAGCCCGUCCUCAGCAGGGAGCGGGUGUACGAGCGCGUUCGAUACCCCAACGUGUACGACAGCUACGCAGAGGCCACCAAGUCGCCCGCCUUCGUCGGAGGAGCCAAGAUGAUGCUGCCAGAGGGAAUCCGCAGAGACAACUGUAAGAUGUACGAAGAGGUGGAGAUCCCGCCCAAUGAGCCCAUGCCCAUCGGAUUCGAAGAGAAGCCGGUCUACAUCUCAGACCUGGACGAGAUCGGGCAGCUGGUCUUCAAGGGGAUGAAGCGUCUGAACCGGAUCCAGUCGCUGGUGUUUGAGACGGCGUACAACACCAACGAAAACCUUCUCAUCUGCGCUCCGACCGGGGCUGGCAAGACCAACAUCGCCAUGCUCACGGUCCUCCACGAGAUCCGCCAGCACCUGCAGCCUGGGGGCGUCAUCAAGAAGGACGAAUUCAAGAUAGUAUAUGUGGCUCCAAUGAAGGCCUUGGCAGCUGAGAUGACUAAUUACUUCAGUAAGCGGUUGGAGCCACUGGGCAUUGCUGUUAAGGAACUCACUGGAGACAUGCAGCUAACCAAAGGAGAGAUCCUCCGAACCCAGAUGUUGGUGACGACUCCAGAGAAGUGGGACGUGGUGACCAGGAAGAGCGUCGGCGACGUGGCUCUGUCCCAGAUCGUGCGCCUGCUGAUCCUGGACGAGGUUCACCUGCUGCAUGAGGAUCGAGGGCCGGUCCUGGAGAGCUUGGUGGCCAGAACCAUCAGACAGGUGGAGUCCACUCAGAGUAUGAUCCGGAUCCUGGGACUGUCGGCCACCCUGCCCAACUACCUGGACGUGGCGACCUUCCUGCACGUCAACCCCUACAUCGGCCUCUUCUACUUCGACAGCCGCUUCAGGCCGGUGCCGCUCGGCCAGACCUUCGUGGGAAUCAAAAGCACCAACAAGAUCCAGCAGAUGCACGACAUGGAGGAGGUCUGCUACAACAAAGUCCUGGAGCAGGUGAAGGCAGGUCACCAGGUGAUGGUGUUCGUGCACGCUCGUAACGCCACGGUGAGGACGGCCAUGGGCCUGAUCGAGAUGGCGAAGAACCACGGGGAGACGUGCUUCUUCCAGCCGGAGCAGGGAGCGGACUACGGCCAGUGUGAGAAACAGGUCCUCCGCUCCCGGAACAAGCAGAUGAAGGAGAUGUUCCCAGAAGGCUUUGGGAUCCAUCACGCUGGCAUGCUGCGGUCCGACCGCAGCCUGAUGGAGAGCAUGUUCUCCAGAGGACACGUCAAGGUGCUGGUGUGCACGGCCACGCUGGCCUGGGGGGUCAACCUGCCGGCCCACGCCGUCAUCAUCAAGGGAACUCAAAUCUACGAUGCCAAGCGCGGCACUCUGGUGGAUCUGGGCAUCCUGGACGUCAUGCAGAUCUUCGGGCGUGCCGGCCGUCCCCAGUUCGACAAGUAUGGCGAGGGCACCAUCAUCACCACCCACGACAAGCUGAGCCACUACCUGACGCUGCUGACGCAGCAGAACCCCAUCGAGAGCCAGUUCCUGGACAGCCUGUCGGACAACCUCAACGCCGAGAUCGCUCUGGGGACGGUCACCAACGUGGAGGAGGCUGUGAAGUGGCUCAGCUACACCUACCUCUACGUCCGCAUGAGGGCCAACCCGCUGGCCUACGGCAUCAACCACAAGGCCUACCAGAUGGAUCCGGGUCUGGAGCUGUACAGGAAGGACCUGGUGGUGGAGUCCGGCCGGAAGCUGGACAAGGCCCGGAUGAUCCGCUUCGAGGAGCGGACCGGAUACUUCGCCUCCACCGACCUGGGCAGGACCGCCAGCCACUUCUACAUCAGAUACAACACCAUCGAGACGUUCAAUGAACUUUUCAACUCCCAGCGGACAGAAGCCGACAUCCUGAGCAUCGUGUCCAAAGCCGAGGAGUUCGAGCAGCUCAAGGUUCGGGACGAGGAGAUGGAGGAGCUGGAGCAGAUGCUGGCCAACUACUGCGAGCUGCCGGCCGCAGGCGGCGUGGAGAACGGGUACGGGAAGGUCAACAUCCUGCUGCAGACCUACAUCGGGCGCGGCGAGGUGGACAGCUUCUCCCUCAUCUCAGACCUGUCCUACGUGGCUCAGAACGCCGCUCGCAUCGUGCGGGCGCUGUUCGAGAUCGCCCUGAGGAAGCGCUGGCCGGCCAUGACCUACCGGCUGCUCACGCUCUGCAAGGUGAUCGACAAGCGGCUGUGGGGCUUCGCCCACCCGCUCCGCCAGUUCCCCGCCCUGAGCCACGUGGUGCUGAACCGCCUGGAGGAGAAGAAGCUCUCCGUGGACAAGCUGAGGGAGAUGAGGAAGGACGAGAUCGGCCACAUGCUGCAUCACGUCAACGUCGGCCUGACGGUCAAACAGUGCGUCCACCAGAUCCCCUCCAUCUCCAUGGAGGCCGGCAUCCAGCCAAUCACACGCACCGUCCUGCGAGUGCGCCUCGUGGUCACGCCCGACUUCCGCUGGAGCGACCAGGUGCACGGCUCGGUGGGAGAGCCCUGGUGGCUGUGGGUGGAGGACCCCAUCAACGACCACAUCUACCACUCCGAGUACUUCCUGCUGCAGAAGAAGCAGGUGGUGAGCGGAGAGCCGCAGCACGUCGUCUUCACCAUCCCCAUCUUCGAGCCGCUGCCGUCGCAGUACUACAUCAGGGCGGUGUCGGACCGCUGGCUGGGCGCCGAGGCCGUCUGCAUCAUCAACUUCCAGAACCUCAUUCUACCAGAGAGGCACCCCCCGCACACCGAGCUGCUGGACCUGCAGCCGCUGCCGGUGACGGCUCUGGGUAACCGCGGCUACGAGAGCCUGUACAAGUUCACCCACUUCAACCCCAUCCAGACGCAGAUCUUCCACACGCUGUACCACACCGACACCAACGUCCUGCUGGGGGCGCCCACGGGCUCCGGCAAAACCAUCGCCGCCGAGAUGGCCAUGUUCAGGGUCUUCAACCAGUACCCCUCCUCCAAGGUGGUGUACAUCGCUCCUCUGAAGGCCCUGGUCAGAGAGAGGAUCGAGGACUGGAAGGUCAGGAUCGAGGAAAAACUGGGAAAGAAGGUCGUGGAGCUGACGGGGGACGUGACCCCCGACAUGAGAGCCAUCGCGCAGGCCGACCUCAUCGUCACCACGCCCGAGAAGUGGGACGGCGUGAGCAGGAGCUGGCAGAACCGCAGCUACGUCCAGAAAGUGGCCAUCCUCAUCAUCGACGAGAUCCACCUGCUGGGCGAGGACCGGGGCCCGGUGCUGGAGGUCAUCGUCUCCCGGACCAACUUCAUCUCGUCCCACACCUCCAUGAGCGUGCGGGUGGUGGGGCUGUCCACGGCUCUGGCCAACGCCCGGGACCUGGCCGACUGGCUGGGCAUCGGACAGGUGGGUUUGUUUAACUUCCGCCCGUCGGUGCGCCCCGUCCCCCUGGAGGUCCACAUCCACGGCUUCCCGGGACAGCACUACUGCCCCCGCAUGGCCAGCAUGAACAAGCCCACCUUUCAAGCGAUCCGCAGUCAUUCCCCGGCCAAGCCGGUGCUGAUCUUCGUGUCGUCUCGGAGGCAGACCCGUCUGACGGCCCUGGACCUCAUCGCCUUCCUGGCUACAGAAGACAACCCCAAGCAGUGGCUGCACCAGGACGAGCGCGAGAUCGAGGCCAUCAUCGCCACCGUCCGGGACUCCAACCUGAAGCUGACGCUGGCCUUCGGGAUCGGCAUGCACCACGCCGGCCUCCACGAGAGGGACAGGAAGACGGUGGAGGAGCUGUUCGUCAACUGUAAGAUCCAGGUUCUGAUUGCCACCAGCACUCUGGCCUGGGGGGUCAACUUCCCCGCCCACCUGGUGGUCGUCAAGGGAACCGAAUACUACGAUGGCAAGUCCAGGCGCUACGUGGACUACCCCAUCACAGAUGUUCUUCAGAUGAUGGGCCGGGCGGGUCGGCCUCAGUUCGACGACCAGGGCAAAGCCGUCAUCCUCGUCCACGACAUCAAGAAGGACUUCUACAAGAAGUUCCUGUACGAGCCGUUCCCCGUGGAGUCCAGCCUCCUCAGCGUUCUGUCGGACCACCUGAACGCCGAGAUCUCAGCGGGAACCAUCUCCUCCAAGCAGGACGCCAUGGACUACAUCACCUGGACCUACUUCUUCAGACGGCUGGUGAUGAACCCCAGUUAUUACAGCCUGGAAGACAUCAGCCCCGAGUCCAUCAAUAAGUACCUGUCCGGCCUGGUGGAGAGGAGCCUGAGGGACCUGGAGUGCUCCUACUGCAUUGAGAUACAAGAGGACGACCGGACCAUCGAGCCGCUGACUUACGGCCGCAUCUCGUCCUAUUACUACCUGAAGCACCAGACCAUCCGCACCUUCAAGGAGCGGCUGCGAGCCGAGCUGCCCGUCCACGAGCUGCUGUCUGUCCUCACCGAUGCGGAGGAGUACGCCGAGCUGCCCGUCAGACACAACGAGGACCAGCUGAACAGCCAGCUGGCUCAGCAGCUCCCCCUGCAGGUCAACCCCCACUCCUACGACAGCGCCCACACCAAGACCCACCUGCUGCUGCAGGCCCACUUCAGCCACGCCCCGCUGCCCUGCAGCGACUACACCACCGACACCAAGACCGUGCUGGACAACGCCAUCCGGAUCUGCCAGGCCAUGCUGGACGUGGCGGCUAACGAAGGCUGGCUGGUCACGUCCCUCAGCAUCUGCCACCUGGUCCAGAUGCUGGUCCAGGGCCGCUGGCUGCACGACUCCUCCCUGCUGACGCUGCCCCACCUGCAGCAGCAGCACCUCCACCUGUUCAGGAAGUGGCCCGGCAGGCGGGGCCGGAGCGAGCCGGGGGGCUACAGCGGCCCCGUCGAGGGGCUCCCGGAGCUGAUGGCCGCCUGCGGGGGCAGAGAGAGCGUCUUCAGCGCCAUGGUGGGCCAGGAGCUGCAGUCUGGACAGAUCGCUCAGGCCUGGGCCUUCCUCAGCCACCUGCCCGUCCUGGACGUGUCUCUCAGUGUGAAGGGCUGGUGGGAGGACAGCGGCGAGCAGACGGAGCGCCGCCUCCCCGCCGCCGCCGGGGGCCUGAGGGACGACGGCAGCUGGACGGACGUCCACGCCGACCAGGAGUACGUCCUGCAGGUGGCGCUGCGCCGCGUCAACCAGGGCCAGCAGAGGAGGAAGCAGGACAGUAAGGCCCAGGCUCCCCGGUUCCCCAAGGUGAAGGAUGAAGGCUGGUUCGUCAUCCUCGGGGAGGUGGAGCGCCGGGAGCUGCUGGCCGUCAAGCGGGUCGGCUUCGUGCGGAACCAGAGCGCCGUGUCGGUGGCGUUCUACACGCCGGAGCGCACCGGGAAGUGCAUCUACACCGUGUACCUGAUGAGUGACAGCUACCUGGGCCUGGACCAGCAGUACGACGUCCGCCUCAACGUGACGCCCGCCAGCAUCGCCGCGCAGGUCAACAGCGAGGUGGCGCCCAGCUGAGGAGCCCCGGGACGCCGGUCCUGGUCCCUGCAGUCCUGGUCCUGGUCCUGGUCCUGGUGCUGGUCCUGGUCCUGGGACGAGGAUUGCAUAUGAAUCUGAUUUUUGAUUGAAAUGUUCUUUCUGCCAGAAUUGUUUAAAAAGAAAAGCGGGCUGGACUUUGUUCUGAUUUUCUGAUUUUCUCUCUGUCCGGACCUGCAGCGGGUUUUGAGCUCUUCUGUGUUUCAUUCUGACUCUGCUUCACUCUGGGUUUUUUCUUCUUCCUGAAUCAUUUCUGCUCUCAGAGAAUAAAUUCGGUUCAA